GCAUGAGUCGAAGUCAUUUUUUGCAGUGGAAUAAAGUAUAAAAUGGAUGAACCUCGCAUGGGUGUUAUAUUCACUUUCUCAAUUACCCAGGAAGGAUGGAACAUAAAAUUUAAUCGCGAAGUAUUCAAUAUCAUUUGGCAAUCAGUAAUUCGCUCUUGGAAGAAAAAAUGCUCUAUCAUUUAUAAUAAAAUUAUAAAUCGAAUUUAUCCAGCUUCUGUAGAAAGUUUGUUACAAACAAUUUUAAUAUUUACUACAAUUCACUUAACAUUGAGGAAAGUAUCUUAUAAUCUUGUUGAAAAAAUAUUACCGUACUUAUUUUCAUCUUCUCAUUUAAACGAUCUUAUAGGAUGUUUUAUAAUUAGUUUAUUCCUUUGGCUAGUCACAAUAUAUACAAUUCGCUAUGUGUUAAAAUUAUUAUUUAUGUACAAAGGAUGGAUGUAUGAAGCACGAGGGGUAGGUAAAAGCUUUUCAUUUGCCACGAAAGUUUGGAUGAAUGUAACAAAGCUGUUUUCAAAAUGGCGAAAACCGAUGUUGUACAGCUUUCAAGGCUCACUUCCUACGCUUCCUUUACCCAGUAUCGAACACACUACGCACACGUAUCUGAGGAGCGUGCAGCCUCUUCUACAUAAAGACAAUUACAAGCGUAUCGAAAGACUCGCAAAUGAAUUUCGGUGCGGUGUCGGGAUCAAACUGCAGCGAUACCUGAUUCUCAAAUCCUGGUGGUCGUGCAACUACGUGUCCGAUUGGUGGGAGGAGUUUGUUUACCUACGUAACCGCUCGCCCAUAAUGGUCAAUUCCAAUUAUUACGGCAUAGACGUCAUUCAUAUGCACCAAACGAAGGUGCAAUCGGCACGAGCUGCCACUGCCAUUUAUUCUUGCCUUCUGUAUCGACGCUUAAUUGAAAGACAAGAGAUAGAACCGAUUGUUGUUCGGGAUGUAGUUCCACUUUGCUCGUGGCAGUAUAAAAGAGUUUUCAAUACAACGAGAAUACCUGGGAUAGAAAUUGACCGAAUUGUUCACUUUGAAGAUUCGAAAUACAUCGUUGUUUAUCAUAAAGGAAAAUAUUUUAAACUUCAAAUUUAUUUUAAGAACAGGCUUUUGCUGCCUUGUGAAAUUGAAUUGCAAAUCCAAUCAAUUCUUAAAGAUACGAGUAAACCUUGCCAGGGUGAAGAGAAAUUAGCAGCAUUAACAGCUGGGGAGAGAAGUCAUUGGGCAAAAGUGCGAAAGGCUUACUUUAGUAAUGGCGUUAACAGAACAUCUUUAGACGCCAUUGAUCAAUCUGCAUUCUUUGUUGCUCUGGAUGAUGUGUCCUAUGAAUAUUGUGCACUUCACGCCGAAAAACUUGAUAAUUAUAGCCGUAUUUUGUUGCAUGGCAAGGGUUACGAUCGUUGGUUCGAUAAGUCCUUCACUUUAUGCAUCGGAAGAAACGGCAAAAUUGGUUUUAAUGCAGAACAUGCAUGGGCAGAUUCUCCUAUUAUGGGGACACUUUGGGAAUUUACUAUCUAUUUUCACGUAUCAUUAUUUUCAAUAUAUAAAGAAGAUGGACACACUAUGGGAACUCCUGAAUUCACACCCCCAUCACCAAUUCGAUUGCAAUGGGAUUUUGGUCCAGAUUGUCAUAAGGAUAUUGAAACUUCUUACUUGGUUGCCGAAGAACUGUUAAAGAACGUAGAUAUGCACAUAUAUGUACAUGAUAUGUAUGGCAAAGGGUUCAUGAAAAAGUGCUCUAUCUCGCCUGAUUCUUACAUACAAAUGGCACUUCAACUAGCAUAUUACCGCGACACGAACAAAUUCAGUCUUACAUAUGAGGCAGCCUCGAUGAGAUUAUUUCGCGAAGGGAGAACGGAAACCGUAAGGUCUUGCACGAUCGAAUCCGUUGCCUGGGUCAAAGCAAUGGAACUGAAGUCCUCCACGGUAGACUUAAGGUACAAACUUCUGCUAGAUGCAACAGCGCAGCAUCAAAAAAAUUAUUUAGAUGCAAUGUGUGGAAAAGGAAUUGACAGGCAUCUAUUUUGUCUUUACAUUGUUUCGAAAUAUUUAAAAGUCGAGUCCCCAUUUUUGAAGGAAGUAAUGAACGAGACAUGGAAAUUAUCCACUUCCCAAACUCCACAUGGACAAACUUCAAAAUUAAAUCUUAAAAAAUUUCCUAAUUGCGUAUCAGCAGGCGGUGGAUUUGCUUCAGUAGUCGAGGACGGUUAUGGUGUUUCAUAUAUAAUCACUGGAGAAAAUAUGAUUUUCUUUCAUAUUUCAAGCAAAUAUAGCUCUCCAGAAACGAAUUCAAAGAGAUUCGCCAAUCAGAUUAAAAGAGCACUAGUGGAUAUGAAAGAUUUAUUUUUAGAAAAGAAGAAAUUACAAAGUCAAGCAAAUGGAUUUCGGUAA